CCCCAAAAUCAUCAACAGUAGCAGUCAGGGGGUUAUAGUUGUGGGUGAUGGUUUAUGUUUAUGGGUUGGUGGGGAGGCGGCAGUGAUGGUCUGGCGAGGGCAGAGGGCAACGGUGAAGUGUUGGUGGGGGCGGCGACAUUAACAGCAGAAACCCUCACAGGAGGGAGCAGGGAGGGUUAUGGGAGAGGGGGUGGGGGAGUGAGGGCAGUAAACAAACCCACCAGUGUUGGAGCCGUGACACCCGCCACUACGGCCACGGACACACUACAAGGCCACGGACACACCACAAGGCCACUUUGACCAUAACAACACUACAAGUUCAGAUGACUAAAGAAUUCAUAGAUCCUCCACAAGGGAAGGAAGGUGUCCAGUGGUCAAGUCCACAAGUUGGAAGUGGCACUUGUCAAAAUCCAGAGGUAUCACAAUCUGGAGCCAGGGCUCUGGCAGCGUCUGAUGUUGACACACCUGACGACAAAGAAGUUUAUAGAAUAAAUGAGGAAGAGACUGUAUUUAGUCCAAGUAGUGGCGAGCAUACUCCUCAACUCCUGUCAUCAUCCCUGCCACUCGCUGGCACACCUGUAUCUCUUCAGUUGAAUUCUCCACUAUCAUCACUGCACUCCUCAUCCCCCUCUCUUCCAUCUCCCGUUCCUGGCCUUUCUCCCACACUUUCUUCCCCUCCACCCACAUUUCCACCUUCACCACUCCAUCCAUAUCAAAGGAAUACACAUAUUUCAGUUGAGGAGUUUAAUGAACGUGCAAUGCAAGAUAGUGAAAACAAUAAUGUCGAUGAGAACAGCAAUGAUCAGCAGUACGAGCAGUAUACAAAUUACCACCGCGAGUUCAGCUACCACCAGUUUGUGCCAGACAUGUCUGUCAGACCUCGUGAUAGAAGACUGCAGAAUGAAAGGGAUGACACUGAUCAUGUUCCUGUGAACUUUGAAGACAAUAUUAGAUGUACCAGUAGAAGAAGUAAUCGCUUUUCUCAUCGAAGAAAUUUGUCAGAAGAUCAGACUUAUUCUGGUACUACUACUUAUGCAUUUGAAGAUAGUUAUUCACAGUUACCAAAUCUCAAUACCCCUCCAGCAUUUGCUUUUGCAGCUUCAAGCAGAGUAUUACCUAGAUUACCUAAUCAUAAUGACAGUAGGAAUGGGUACUCGGACCAUUUACCCUACCAUCAUCCAAGAGAAGCUGCUCUCUCACACUCUUCGAGUAGAUGGCAUCCACUUAAUUUGAGGGAUGGUGGGUGUGAACCUUUGCCGCUUGCACCAGCACCCUCAGAAGAUAUUACUCAAGGGGCACAAGAGCUUUUAAUGAACUUUACUUCAGAUACACUACGGAGCAACCAUCUGGCAGUACCCGAUUCACUCAUCUUACACCAAGGUUUCAGUAACCCUACUUGGUCAAGAGCUGGCCAAGAGCUACGGCUACUGGCAGACACCUUUGCAAAAACUGAGGAGCGUAAAAGAGUACAGUCUAUGGCAGAAACAGUAAACAUGAGAUCCAUAAAUAUAGAAAACUUUUUUCAACUCUGCACUGAACUCUUUUCUGAUGGGAUUACUUCAGAGCGAAUUGUUGCCUUGUUUACAUUUGUGGGUGAUGUUGCUGUCCAUCAGGUGCGACUACGAGGAGAGGAGUUUCUUCAGCUAUUAAUGAAAUGGUCACUAAAGUAUUUAGUUGACAAUGUUUGUAGAUGGGUACAAGAGGCAGGUGGUUGGGUGGCUGUGCUUGGGCAAGGAGCAAACAUGGUAUACCGGGCUGCUGUUUGUGCGUUCUGUAUAGUUGGCUCAUUAGCAGCUGGUUUGUUCAUAUACAAAACAUUAAAAGAUUGGUGACAUUGGUGAAAAAUAGGUUGUAAUAUUCAUGUAUUCCUCUUUUCUAUCAACAGCAACUUAAAAUAUUUGUCUUUUUUCAAUUUUGAAAUGUCAAAAUACUGUAGUAAAUUAACCAUAAAUUGUACAGUCAUCUUCACUUAGUAUCAUAAGUAAAAGAAGUACUUUAGAGCUUCCAACUUUGAAAGUUAGUUUUUUUUAUUCCACUUUAACAUAGCUAUUUAUGUAAACCAAUAUGCAGUUAAUUUAAUACUAAAUAAAUUGUAAUGUCAUUUUUUCAAAUGUAGGUAACUUGUAUUAAAAGAACAUGAGCUUUAA